AUAUAUAUAUAUAUUUUAUUUUUUUGUGUAUUAUAUGAAUUAUGACAAAUAUUAUUACAAUUCAAUAUGAUUUAGUUUACUAUACUAUCGAAUUCUACAUACCCGUUCUACAUACUGCUGACAUUAGUCUCUACUAAUUACUCAUAAUCAUUGUAUAUUUUGUGUAGAUCCAUUUACAAUUACUUCAUUGUAAUAAAUAGCUUCCUUUGAAUCGACUGUAGUUAAAAUGGCUGAUUGCCUAAAUGACGAUAACAUAGUCGACUCGUUUACAAAUUUGGACAUUAAAGUGAGCAAUCAAAAACUGGACUGUGAUUCGCAAGAAAUGUUGAAUAAAAUAAAAAAUGACUAUGAGAGUAUCUUCUCAUGGGAUGUUAAAGAAAAAACUGGUAGUCAACAAAAUCUCCUUUCAAAUCUCAUUGAUAAAAUAAUGGAAAAAAAUGAAAUGUUUAUCAAUGAAAAUGACGAUACAAUAGAAUUUAACAGAUUCCAUUUACAAUUGAUAAUAUGUUAUGAGUUAUUUGGAGAGGGUAAAUACGAAGAGUCAUUAUUAGAAAUUAAAAAUUUAAUUUAUUCAAUGGAAACAAAAAAAUUUGAUACCCAUUAUGACCAGUAUUCGAGUGUAUGUUUUCACAUUGCUCAUUCUACUCAAGCUUAUAUUUUAGCUACGCUAAAUGAUGGUUGUGAAGAGAUUCUCAAAAGCAUUAAACCUCUAUCAAAUAUGAACCGUUCAGAAAAAGCAGCACUAUGUGCAAUUAAAUCUAAAGUGUUUGUAGAAUACCCUCCAAUCGGAAAUGAAAUUUCGCUUGAACUGGCCGAGCAGGCUCGAAAUCUAAAUCCAAUCGAGGUUGAAUGGGUGAACAUCUGGCUAAAAGCUAAAGGAAGAGUCAGAAGGUUUUAUGCACAAUUUGCAAUGCCUGAUAAAAAUGAGCUGGAAGCUGCAGAAAUUUUGAGCUCAGCUACCAAUAACCCACAGUACUUAAUACAAGCAUCUAAAAUUUUUAUAGAAGCUGCAUUUGUUAAUAAACUGGAGCGCAAACCAGAAGAAUCAAAUAAAUAUUAUAAGAUUUCUUCAGAUCUUACAUUUAAAGCAGUUGAAUUAGCGGGAGAAAAUUUAAAACAACUUCAUUCGUGUCUAUUGACUUGCAUUGAUUUCCCAAAAGAGUUCCAUUCAAAUACAGCAAUCAAUGAAAUAAUACAGAAAUUAAGCAAUUCGAAAAAUAGUAGAAUCGAUGCAGUUUUAGGAAAAUAUUAUCUCAAACAUGAAAAAGACUAUGAGAAAGCCAAGGAGUAUUUAUCACGAGGAAUGUCAGGGGGACAUUUCAGCAGUGCCAUACAACUCGUAAAGGUUGAAUGUCUUUUGCAGCCAGUUCAUAAGUAUCCUUUCGUCCAAUCACUGAAAUUGAUUUAUGAAGUGUUCACUAGUGCAAAACGGAGAUUGAUUAUCUUAUCACAAGUUUUAAUGUACUUAUAUUUUGUUGAAGAUAAUCCUAAAGAAUUGAUGCGCUACUUAAAAUUGUACAUGGAUCAAGAUAUUGAUGUUACUUUUAAGAAACGUCAUCUAAUUUUUGCUUAUCCACUGUUUAGAGUUACCACUGGCGGCUUCAAACCCAAACAAUUUUUAAGAAUUUUAUCUUCAAAAAUUGAUGAAUUUAGAUCUUCAAAUAUCUGGGUUGGUGAUGAAAAAAAGACAGUGCUGGAAACUAUUGACAAGUUUGAUAAAAUGUCGAGAGUAAAAUUGUAUGGUAACAUAGAUAAUCAAAAUCAACAAAAUGAAAAUAAUAAUAUGAAUAAGCCGUAUCCUAGAAACCAGUCUGUACGUGGUAGAGGUGUUAACAGAUCAAAUAAUUGGCAAAGGACAUCUUCUACAUAUUCAAUUACACCAAACAAUAUUCAGCAUAAUGGUGAUGACAAAAAACAAGACGAUAAAAAAUAUGGCGACCAUAGAGGUUCGAAGGAAUGUUUAAAUAAAAAUAAUACUCAUGUUCGUGAAAAAUGUUACUAUCGACAACAUAAUGAACCUAGAGGCGGCGGCAGCGUGCGUGGUCCAUAUAAAAAGCAAUCCGAUUGGAAUCAUUCAAAAAAUAAUCAACCAAAUCAACCUUCGAGUAGUUUGUCUUCCGAAAAGAAUAAUGUAAACACAUCUGGAUCCAAUUAUGCUAAUAGGUCAAACCGUGGCCGAAUUGGAUCUGGUAGACUUCCUCUACUCCACGAAGAUUAUAGUUUGGAAAGCACAAGUAUUUCUUCUGAAGAUAAUAAAUUGGUGAAGAGUAAUAGUAAUUUAAAUUUUAAAUCAAAAAUUGAUAAAAGUAAUGAUAAGCUGAAUUGGAGAGGGAAACCAAACAAAGAAGACAAUAAUAAACAAGAUCGUCAAGACGACAGUGAAAAAAAUACUAAAACUUAUUGUGACAACCUGUUUGGGCCUAAACGCCAAUCUGUAGGAAAAACCAAUUGGCGUAAAGAUACUAGUUUAAAUAAAUAUGAGUAAUUUUGCCUUAAAUUUUUGUAUAGACUUUUUUUGUUACUUUUAUUUGUCUAACUGAAUUUAUAUAAUCAACUAUUACAAGGUACAACAAUUACUAUUUUUUUUUUUUUUUGCUAUAUAUUUAUACUUAUCAAGAUGAAUUAUGAAUUAUUUUAUUG